AUGAUUGUCCGGUUCUUGAGGCUUCUUGUUUCUCUGGAGCUUGAAAAUCUUUAAUGGAGAGCUCAAUGAAAACACAGUGUGAGCCAUGGAUAUCAUUACAGCGUAUAUACAUCUGUCUGCUCUGUCUCAGUGUGCAGAUGGUCUUAGGUUUCAACCAGGUUAUUCUCCUGGAUCCUCCAGUGAAGGCUUUGCCAGGCCAACGUCUGGUUGUAUUUUACACUUGUAAUGACCCUGCCACAGUGCAGCUAGACUUAGUAGUAUAUUUUGACACCGGCAGCAGUCGCACACUUGAGCUAACCCACUGGAGAUGUGACCCCUAUGGCAAGACAUUAAAGACUGUAGAGCUGAACCUCCCUGAUUGGUUGGUUUAUCAAGCUGAUGGGAUUGUUCCUGACUCCCAGUGGGCACUGAGUUGUAUGCUGGAUGCAGCAGUCACAUACCCUGGAUUUGAUGACACUGAAGAGGUGGUUACAGCUCAGGAUGUGGCUUACUUGGAGCCAAUUCCUUUCUUUGACCGGCCUGUGAAACAGCAUGAGCUCUGCAUUGCAUGGAGCAUGCAAAUGCUAAAGUUAACUCAGCACUUUUUGAAGAAACAAUGCCAUUUCGAGCAAGAAGCACAUUUGCUGUCAUCAAUAUUUGCUUCGUCUGAAGAAAACUUUGGCAUCUCAAAGAUACUGGCCCCGUACAAGAAUAAAGCUCUGGAGUAUUUGCGCGUUAAAACCAUUUCCUCUUCAAGGUUUAUGUUCUCUUUGUGGAUAUGGUUGACCGGACACUGCCAAGAGAAGAUGUGUGGAUUGUUUUAUCAUAUAGACUCCAAUGAUGACUACACCACACCGACACUGUUACUCACAAAGUCAGGCCGGCUUCACAUCCAGAUGAGUGGAGAGUCAGAGGAAUCAUUUGCAUUUCUCUCUCCAUUCAAGGUGCCUUUAAGUGAGUGGUGCCAAAUCAGUGUGAAGGUGCUUAGAACAAAGGUGACUGUCUCCAUGGUGUGUAUAGAUGAGGAGCAGAGAAAGGAUUAUUCUGCAGAUUAUAUCUCUAAGAACAAUAUCCUGCUGGAUGACACAGAGGGAUAUUUUGUGAUUGGUGGAAGUAAAUUCAUAAAAGGUGUGGAAGGUUAUUAUGGACCAAUGGUUUACCACCGCAACAGAGUGUUGCCUCGGAGCACGUCUGAAGUUGUUGUUCCAGAUGUUAUCAGAGCUGUGAAUCUUACUGGAUGGUUGCAUACAUGUCGAGCUUUUCGUCUGGAGAUGAGUGUGAAGAUCAGAGGAUAUUCCCUUCAGGCCAAUCAGGGGGAAGAGUUUGACACCUGCUUUGAUGCUUUCCAUGAGAUGAUGGUAAAGAACAGACUAACAUCAAAACCACUGUUUGAGCUGUGGGAGGAAACUGUCCCUCACAGAAGGCAAGCUGUGAAGCUGGCAAAACAUUUGGCUUUCAAACAUGUUGAAAGAGGAGUGAGUCUGGGAGCUGUGGGCAGAGCCCUGUACUCCUUAUCACUGCAGAAGCUGGGCAGAGGAGGCAGAACUGGAGACAUCAGCAGAAUAUUACCAUUGCUGCUCCAAGCUGGCUGCUUAGCUGAUAACCGAGCUCUGCAUAUGGCAUCUGUACUCUACAACUCUGGAUUGGGAGUCAAGAAACAGCCCUAUAAGUCUUGGCUCCUAGCCCUGCUGGCAGCCAGAAAGAUGAUCUGUCAGCCAUAA